UUAAAGGUCUCGUUUUUCAGCUUUAUUGAAUAACGUGUUAUCGCACGAAUUCCAACAGACCAAAAUCAAUGCAUACCUAGCUAUCACCAUGACGGAACGUAUAAGAUUUGAUUUUAUCAAUGGCGUUACUUUGGAUUUAGUCUUAUCGAUACCCUAUCUAAGAUAGAAUACGUUCUCUGACCAUGGACCGCAGAUACAGCGCCCAGGAUAUUGUACGCUGCACCCUGUGUCUAACUUCUGUGGCCCCUAUGUACUGUGAAGUGUGUCACAUACAUCUUUGUAAAGAAUGUGUAGAGCAACAUUUAUCUGAUUUAUCUAAAGUUCAUAAUGUGGUAUCACUUAAACAAUACAUCACAACUCUGAAAUAUCCAAAGUGUAGGAAACAUCCUUUCGAACUAUGUAAACGCCACUGUGAAGAAUGUGACAUUCCUAUUUGUGUUCAAUGUGAUUCUUAUGAAAAACAUUCAGGACAUUUAAAUGUCGAUAUUAUUAAACAUUUUGAAAGCAAAAAAGAAAUUUUACAGAAAGAUUUACGAGAACUAGAGAAAUUCAUUUAUCCUAAAUAUCAUGAAAUCGUUUCAAGCAUUCCAGUUCAAAAGGCCGAACUUAGUAAAUGCUCCGAUAAAAUGAAAAUUGAUCUAAACAAACGAUCAGACGUAUGGCACAGAGAAAUAGAUCUGAUUAUCAAAAAUAUGAAAUAUGACGUCAAUGAAGCGGAAUCCAAACACUUGUCUGUCCUAAAUAGACAUGAAGAUAAAAUUUCAAAUACCAUUUCUGAUAUAAAGCAAAUCAUUGCAAACCUGAAGAGGUUACAGAACUCCAGAGAUGUGAGUCUUGUCUCUGAGUAUAAAUCCAGAAAUGCUGAAUUCAGAAGAUUACCACCUAAACUAGAAGUGUCCUUACCAAACUUUGUGCCUCAGAAAAUUGAUAGAGAUCAGCUUACUAGACAGAUUGGUGUUCUGUCAGCAUCGUCCUUGAUAACAAAAGAACAAGACAACAUCAUGCCCCAGGAACCCGUGUCCUCUUUCCAACGUCUCUCUUCUAGACACAUUAAUGUACCCCAUAAAAUCGAUGCCAUUGACACCGGGUAUGAACCCCGGGUACUCACUGCUAUUGAUACUGGGUAUGUGUUGCAUAGCGUGGCAUGUCUAAGUGAUUCGGAGAUAUGGACGUCUGGUAGUAAGAAAAUCAUGAAACUAUUUAACCUUCAGAGAGAACUAGUGCAGUCAGCCAAAACCGAAUCCGGAAACAAACCAUCAGACAUAGCAGUGACAAGGAGAGGGAAUCUGGUUUAUACUGAUGAAAAUGAUAGGACCGUAAACAUAAUGAAGAAAUCAGUGACACAGACUGUAAUAAGAUUGCGACAGUGGAUACCUCGUGGUGUCUGUAGUUCCUCCUCUGGGGAUCUCCUGGUUAUCAUGGACAGCAAGGAUUAUAAACAAACAAAGGUUGUUCGUUACUCUGGCUCCACAGACCGAGAGAAACAAAGUAUCCAGUACAAUGAUAGAGGACAGCCUCUCUAUUUGGUUGGUAAUGAUAAAUAUAUUACUGAGAACAGAAAUGAAGAUAUCUGUGUAUCAGAUUACAGAGCCCAUGCGGCAGUGGUAGUAAAUCACGCCGGGAAACUACGGUUUAAAUACGCUGGUCAGCCCACUUCUUCCAAGAAUCCGUUUUGUCCAUACGGCAUCACCUCAGACAGCCACAGUCGGAUUCUGAUAGCAGACUUCAUCAGUGAGUGUAUCCAUAUCCUUGAUCAGGACGGACAGUUUCUCCGCUUCAUUAACAACUGUAAUUUACAGCAUCCGGAGGGUUUAUGUAUUGACACAAAAGACAACCUCUUUGUUGCCGAAUACCACACAGGCAAAGUGAAGAAAAUCCAAUAUUGUAUGUAAAUGAAGUGUGUCAAUUUAUUUAAAACAUGUUAGAUUCAAUUGCAUGUAAACAGUGUACAUGCAUGGAUCUAGGUUUA